UAUAUGUUGUGAAUCAUGGUAUCCAUUAGCACUAACCAUAUUUGUUGUGAAUCAAAUAUACGUGUAUUGCUGGUGUAUUAAUUUUUGAAUCAAUAAGUCUAUGUACAUGCUGGACAAGACAAACUCUGCUCACCAUGUAUGUCAUGCACGCCUGAUAAACACGUAGAAUGAACGUCACGCUAACUGCAUCAGUUAUCUGGGCGUUGCACCUUCAUUUUGCUCUGUCACGUUCGUUCUUUCCUCUUCUUCCCACAUUUUGUUCUUGCUCACGAACUGAUCAUUUCGCCAUGGAUCCAGCGUCACCACCCCAUCACAAUCAGCUGCAAGAGCAAGAGCAUGAUCAAGUUGGAUGCCCGACCAUGAAGAAGGAGCCAGGGUGGGCGCAGGCGGCGGCGCGCGCGGUGGCCGGCGAGGCGCGUGCGCAGCGGGGCAUCGUGCUUCCGCUGAUCGGCAUGAACCUGACGGGGUUCGUCAAGCAGGCCAUCACCACCGCCUUCCUCGGCCGGCUUGGCGACCUGGAGCUGGCCGCCGGCACGCUGGGUUUCAGCUUCGCCAGCGCCACGGGGAUCGCCGUGCUCAUGGGCCUCUGUGGGGCCAUGGACCCCAUCUGCGGCCAGGCGCAUGGCGCCGGGAACUCGGCGCUGCUCCGCAGGACGCUGGUCAUGACCAUUGUCAUGCUCCUCGCGGCCUCCGUGCCCAUCGCGCUCCUCUGGCUCCGCGUCGAUGCCGUGCUCCACCACGUCUUCGGCCAGCAGCCUGACAUAUCCGCGGUGGCGAGGAGGUACGUCGUGUGCCUCCUCCCGGACCUUGCCGUCGUCUCUUUCCGCGCCCCGCUCAAGGCGUACCUGAGCUCGCAGGAGGUGACGCUCCCGGCGUUCUUCUCCUCCGCCGUGGGGCUUGCCGUCCACGUCCCGCUCAUCGUGUGGCUGUCACGGACCAGGGGCGUCGAGGGCGUCGCUACCGCAGUCUGGCUCAGCGACCUCGCCACCGCUGUCGGGCUGGCCGUCUACGUCCUCCUCCUCUCGAAGAAGGACAAUGGCAAUGCGGAGGCGCCGCGGUGCAGGAGGUGGUGGCCCGACAUGGCGAGGAAGGAAGAGUGGGUGCGUCUGCUCCGGCUGGCUGUACCCUGCUGCCUGAACACGUGCCUGGAGUGGUGGUGCCUUGAGAUCUUGAUCCUGCUGACGGGCCGCCUGCCAGACGCCCGGCGCGCGGUGGCGGUGAUCGCGGUGACGCUCAACUUCGACUACCUCCUCUACGCCGCCAUGCUCUCCCUCUCCGUGAGCGCCGCCGUGCGCGUCUCCAACUCCCUCGGCGCGGGCGAUGCAGCCGCCGCGCGCCGCUCCACCACCAUCUCCAUCAUGGGCGGUAUCCUCGCCGGCGUCGGCGGAGGUGCGCUCAUGCUCGCGUCACGCCGGCAGUGGGCGCGGCUGUACACGCGGGGCGCGGGGGUGCGGGACGGCGUGGCGAAGGCGAUGACGGUGAUGGCGGCGCUGGAGGUGUUGAACUUCCCGCUGAACGUGUGCGGCGGCAUCGUGCGGGGCACGGCGAGGCCGGCGGUGGGGAUGUACGCCGUGCUGGGAGGGUUUUAUCUCGUUGCGCUGCCGGUCGCGGUGGCCCUCGGGUUCAGGGCUCGGCGGGGGAUCGAGGGGCUCUUGGCAGGGUUCAUCGUCGGCACGGCGGCGAGUCUGACGGUGCUGGUCGUGGUGAUCGCGCGCAUGGACUGGAAGGCCGAGGCGGACAAGGCGCGGGUCCGUGCUGGUGUGGGCGCCGUUGGUGAUGAUGUUCCCGGUUCCGGCAAGGAGGACGCGCCGUCAGCGAACCCCGGCGAGGUUUGACACGACGAGUGACUCCAUUGUCGUACAUAUCUAGGUAGUCGUUCGACCUAGUAUUCCUAGAGUUGAUAUAGCACACAUCUAUGCUCAAUAUCCUGGAAACUACUACUACCACUUAACGAAUUGCUAGCAAAAAUCAAUUUCUCUA